GCCUUAACAACACCACUACCAGCGCGCUUUGAGUGCAGAUCUUCACUGGAGAGCUCUUCUUCCAGUUGCGUCAGUUUGUCUUCAACUAAAUUCUGACUGAGUUUGUUGUUACGUCCUAUUGACAAGAGAAAGAAAAUGACUUCGUUUGACGAUCCCCGGGUCAACUACAAGUUCGUGGCGCUGAUUGAGUGCUAUCCGUGGAUCUACGACACAACCCACCCGGACUACGCCAUAGCGGAAAAGGUCGAUGCAGGGUGGCAGCAGGUGGUCGAUGAGCUCGGAAUCGGAGCUACCAUACAGGACUGCAAAGCCCGCUGGCGGAACAUCCGCGGACGGUUCACAAAGUACAUCAAGGCGUACUCCGAGGACAGCACAGUCACGCCGUACUACCUGGCCAGUGCGCUACGGUUCGUGCUUCCCUUUAUGAAGAACCGCCUCUGCCUCACCGAUGCCCAGUUCGAACAGAUCGGAACGGAACCCGGCGAUGUUUCGGACAACAGUCACCUCUUUACGCCGUCGAUCACACUCGGCGAGGUGGAAAUCAUCGAAUCGUCCGACGAGGGUGAACUCGACCUGAAACCUACCUGCAUCGAGGAGGAAUCUCUGCUCGUAGAACCGGUCAGUGAGGCGAGACCUACGGCACGGAAGCGACCAUCGCCAGUGCCGAUGGAGACACCUCAACCGGAGAGGAAAGAGUCGCGAAAGCGAUCUCGAACGGUUCAAGAACCGGAGCCGGCGUCCAGCUCAUAUCCGGCGACGUCCUCGAGUCGAAGCGAUGAAGUCCGGUUCAGCAACAGUUCGGUGUCAAUCGACUUUGAUCCGAACAGUAUGCAACGGGACUGUGAUGUGAUGUUUCUGCUGAGUUUGCUGCCCGAUUUUAAGAACAUGAACGAACGGCAGAAGCGGAAGUUUAAGGCGGGCGUCAUGAAUCUGACCUUUGAUAUCAUGGAGGAGAAUUAAGAUUAGUUUGAAUUUUGACUAAUUUAAUUUGGCGAGAUAAUAAAGACUGACCAUUCAUUAUGA